AUGUUCGGGCCCUUCAGAAUCACAAAUUCCCUAAGCGGGGGGCUUCUAUGGAAGAUUCCCUGGCGCCUGUCGCCGACACAGAAGGCUCGGCAACGGAAGCGGUUACGGGCUGUCGACCAGGUCGUCGAAACGCUGAGCAACGCGUUAGCUAAGAAGGGCGAGACGCUUAAAGCUCUGGAACGGUGGAAGGCGGAGAUGCCGACCGAGGCGCAAAUGCUCCCCAGGGACAAGUACACAAUGUUCGACCGGAAAGCCAAGAGGUAUCGCAAGGGCAUUCACAAACUCCCCAAGUGGACACGUGUGUCGCAGAGAAUCAACCCGCCUGGUUUCUAG